UGUUGUUGUUCUUUAUCUUGUGCACAUCUCUCUUGUGGUAUAAUCUAUUGAAGCUAUUUCCUGUUGUGAUCAUAGUAAAUAAAUACAGAGAUUGAGUCUCUCUCAUGAUUCAUUGAUCAAGUAGAAUGGCGUCUCAAGCAAGUGCUGACAGCAAGUCUAGGCCAUGGUUUAAACUGGAGAGGGUCACUACUUUGAAGUAUCAUAGUCCAAGUUCAUCAGCCACUAAGGGGAUGUUAGCAACCGCUCUCGAGGCUCAGAAAGAAGAGGAUGAAAUGUCUAAAGCACUAGUACACUCUCCUCGUGCUCGUAUCCUCUCUGAUGACUCAGACACUCUAUCGAUGGCCGACACAGACAGAGAGGUGGACACUUACGACCAAACAAUACGUAGAAAAACAGAGAUUGCCAAGAUGUGUCUGAUAGCACAAUGUACCAUCAUCAAUAUGAAUGAAGACGAUCAGAAGAAGAACGCUCUAAUGGACUAUGUCAGGAGGGUGUUCCCAGUGUCUGGUAAAUGGGAUGAGCUGCUCACUGCAGCCAAGGCUGACAAGAUCAGUGAAUGGAAGGUCGUGGUGACUGUGUUGAAGGCAACAGGGCUGCCAGCAAAGGAUUCAAAUGGCUUUAGUGAUCCAUACGUGAGGCUGGGUAUAAUCCGAGCAGAGAGCAGGAACAAGCAGUUGGUCAAGAAGCACAACCUCCCUGAUUGGUACAGAGAAGGGUUGGUACUAGGCAAUAUACACCACACCUCUGUCAUCGAGAAAAACCUGGACCCAGAAUGGAACGAACGGAAGGAAUUGAAAUUUGAAAAUGUGACUAGUGAGGUGCUGGUUCUGGAAGUGUGGGACAGGGACAGUAAAGGUCCUAUUGACGCGAGAAGUGGGAAGAUCACAGAAUUCACUAUCAAAGGAUUUGAACGUUUCUUCCACAACGUUGUGGCCAGUGAUGAUUACAUUGGACGAACCUUCCUACCUCUGUCAGAUAUCACACAUAAUGGGGAGGAGAAAAUACUUAAAUUGAAAUCUCACUCGGGUCACCAUGACGACAGAGGCAUGCUACAUGUACUGCUCAAUAUAGAGUCUGAACAAAGGAACCUCAGGGAUCACGAUAACCCCCUCUCGGAGCACAGGCUGCUAUUGAGGGGCCUGGUGAAUGCUGACAGUCGCUCAGAGAGUGGACGAUACAAGAGGAACUGGGACGGUGUGCUCUCUACAGAGGCUGAUGAGCUGCUCAAGAAUCACAGCUUCAUGAUCUCCAUGAGCGACCUGCAAAGAUCAGCUAUUCAGCUCAACGUUCUCAUCCACUACCAUCGUCUGUUUAGAGUCAGUAUCAAGACAUUUCUACUCCUACUGGUCACCAUCCAGCGUCAAUACGACCUGAGUACAAAGGUCAAUGCUCCAAGGGUACAAGAGGCAGAGGCAGAGGAAGAUAUCGAUAAUGAUGAUGAUACGAGUUCUGACCAGACGAAUGCACCCUUGCAGGAGGAGUGGGAGAAGGACCUUCGCCACGACCUGGUAGAGCUACUGGGUAACCUGAUACUGACUCUCAAGUUCCACAUCACAAAGUUUAAACUCAAUGAUGUCAGCAAUGGCUCGAGUAAUGACGAAGAUGACAAGAUACAAGAGAGCAUCAGAGGAAAACGCUACCAAAAAUUCAUUACAUACAUCAAAGUGGCGGAGGAGCUCUCUCGUAUUGCCCCUCUGGUCCAGUGUCUUGCAGAGGAUGAUAAGACAGUGUCAUGUCUGGUAGCCCUGGCUGUUCCUCUAGCUGCUUCUGAUUGGUUCAUUGAUACCAAGCCAACCACAGAGGAUGGUGGGCAAAUGCAGUUGGCUAAGGAUCUUGAUGAGCUGUGUAGCUCCACUCAUUACAUGUGUGGUAUUGCCUUGUGGAAAAUAGCCCCUCUCUUCAAGAAGGAUAAGAGUGUGCUGGAUAUUGAGUAUUUCUCCCACUUCUACUUGUCCAUUGAUGCCUUGCUCUCUGAUUUCGUGAGAACUCGACUGGGACAGUUUGUAGCGGGGAAUGAUAAAGAACCUCCUGAGUACAGCACUAUGGUGAAGGUGUACUCCUCCUAUCGUUCUGUACGGAGCAUUGUUGCUCUCGCAGUUCAACCAAAUGUGGAUUUGAAACUUGUGAAUCCUGCCAAAAUCUAUUUGGCCUCUUACCAUGAUUGGUACAAACCGAUUGUACCUCUUCUCAUUGAAGCAGCUUCCAGUGAUUGUAAGGAGAGAAUCAAGAGAGCCAUUGCUGACAGUCAACCAGUGCCGAUAAGUGAUGAGGUCAGAUUGUCCUCCUCUGUUCGUGAUUCGUCCGAUAUUUUGUUUAUUUUGUUCCGAGUGAGAGAUGAUCUUAAAUGGCCGGUCACUAGUGAGAUGUUGAAGUUCACCAAGCUCAUAAUGCAAGAGGUGACAUCGUGUGCCCUGUUCUAUGUCCAACACACCUCUGAGCAGAUGAAGGACGAGUAUGCCCUGGAUGAUCAAGAGCUGGGCGUGACCUUGAACGAUAUGUAUCACAUGAGCAUUGUGUUUGACGAGUGGCCGGACAUUAUUCCACACCUCACUGAGGAGGAAACAAAAGACAAAACAAAUGCUCAACACAUUGAAGAUAUCAACGGUGUAAUGAAUGCAUUCCACUCGACAGUUGCCAUUGAAUUAUCACGCAUCAUUAAGAACAUUGCUGACAAGGUUCGACCAGAGAUAGAGAGAAAUCUUCAAGAGCUGUUGAAUGCAGAGCACAUUGUCCUCCCCAGCAGCUACGACAAUCUCAAUGAAUUGGGGCCUAUUUUGCCGCUAGUGAGCUACCUUGGUAACACUCUGACUGCCCUCUCUAACUACCUGGUCACUGAUGUGCUCCUCUCUGUUUUAGGAGAUAUUUGGAAAGUUUCCAUGGAGGCAAUUUCCCUGUGCAUUGAGUCUAUCACAGCUGAGGAGAAACCCAACAGAGUGGAACUGCACGAGCGUCUCUAUUACUCACUGAUGAUGCUCAAGCAUUUCAACUAUGAUAAAGGACGUGGACUACCUUAUAAGGAUCUAGAGAAUGAAGAGUACACUGAUCUUGUUCAUGAAUUGAACAUUCUUCGAGAGGCCACUCAAAACUUGAUUGUCCAGUUCUUGUCUGCCAUGGGUGAUUUACAGUCGACACAAGAUAGCGGGAAAUUGGGGACGAUAUUCGUGAGCACAACUUACCUUCGAGAUAGUGGCUCAGUUUCAUUGGAGAUGAUUCAAGCAGUUGACUUACGAUCAGAUUCAAGAGUCUCUCAAAGUACAACUGACUUCUGUGCUUGCUUCCUGACCUUCAACCCAGUUAUAGAGGUCAGCCUGGCACCAGAAUGGCUCUUCCCAGGACUACUGAGCAAGAAGACACGUACAGUCAGAAACAAUAACAGCCCCGAAAUCAACGAAAUAUUUGACUUUCCAAUGGCAGAAGAUCUCUUGGCUCAAGAUGGACCUUCUAUUAUCUUCAAAGUCUACAACCAGAGCUGUGGGAAGCACUACAUUGGAAUGGGCAUCAUCCCUUUGAAGCAAAUACCCGUACAAACUUCAGCAUCAGAGGAUUCUGGAACGCUGGUACCAACUGAACCCACGGAUGAGUCUAAGAUACCAACACAAAGUAAACCAGAGAGUGACACCCAAACUCCAGGGCCAGCUAAAGCUGAAACUUCCGACCUGCCUAGUGAUUCUACACUACCUAGCCCCCCUAGUGAUUAUGAUGACGGUCAACAGACUGAGGCUGUGGAAGAAGCCAGUGGUGAAGGGCAACAAAGAGAGAAAGAGAAGAACAAAUCCGUGCUCCUAUUUGUUUGGCAAGCUGAUGACAAUGACUUGGUGUUCAAUGAGUUAAAGAAAAGGGCAAAGUUGAAAAACUCGGUAGCAGUACAGUUUCUGAAGAGACAUACAGUCAAUUUUAAUACUUAAUUAACAAGCUAUUUUUGACUUAUGUUUUGAUCUUGUGUUCAUUUGUGCAUGCGCACGUACAAUAACAAAUCAGAGCACAUGUGCAUUUGGGGGACACUGCGCAUGGGUAGACGUCUCACUGGAACAGAUUUCGCAAUGUACCGCAAUACUCGCAACACCUUGUAGCUAGUACUCUUGCGGUCCUCUAUCGGUGGGAACUGUCGGUCUCCAUGGUAUCUCCUUGGAGACUUUGACGUCAAUGGCCUGGAAUAUUCCCAGAUCCAGUUCCAGAAGCUCAGUUCCUUUGAAGUUUGAAGAAAGCGAAGUGUCUUGCUGGAAGAGAUGCUAUGCAAACCUUCCACUGUGUUGCAGAACCAGCGCAAGCCUUCCACUGUGUUGUUGAACCAGCGUGAGUCUUCGACUGUGUUGCAAACCAUAGCAAGUCUUCCCGUGGAGCAGCGCGAGCAUUCUCCAGCCAUGAAAGGAUAGAGCUGGAUCAUCCGACACCGUGCAGGCUGCAGAAGCUAUUGUAAGUUGAAACCGUACCUCUGUAGCUUGUUUUGCAAUUGGCUAGAUUUUUUCACUCUGGCCUUUGAGCAUAUCCGUGUUGCACGCUGUUUGUUGAGAAUGGAAGGUUUCUGGUUGGAUUAGUUUGCUCUUGUAUUCCUAGUGUUUUAAGUGUGGCCCCUUCUUGACUGUGAGGUGUGUAGGUCAUGCAGCUUAAUAGAUCAUACUUGCCAGCAAAGCACACGCUAAAUGCAUGUAUGCAUGGCUAAACUCGUGUCGACAACGCUUUUUUGUUCUGUUAAUAUACGCGUGGCUAAGAGUCUGUUACCUGCAUGGCCUUGAACCCUUUGGUGGUGAUGGGGGGGGGGGGGUGUCCGUAGCACUCAAGUAAUCAUUCAGAAUGUGUGUGGAAGGUUCUUCAACAGUUGGGUUGCAGGACAGCAUCUUCUUGUUCUUGAAACCGUUGUUGAACCAGCCUUCGGGGUACAAUGAUGGAUUACUCAUGGCAUUCCAGUCUAUUGAGGGAGCACUCUGCUGUUAGUACCUGCCUAAAGGGAAAGCAGCACAGGAUCCUGCCAUAAUUGGGAGUGUUAAGAUCUCGUUAUCAGUUCCAAUAGUUAGUUAGCUAGGAUCAUUAGAAAUAGCUAGCUAUAAUAUAGUUAGACAACUGCUGCUUCUUGGCUUAUGCUAAUCUAUUAUGACGGCUUUUUUAGGAUCAUAACUCUGCCUACUGCACAUGGAAUUGGUAAGUUCAGGCUUUAACUAAACUAUAGGUGUGCCAAGGGAACUGUAGCCUUUGACUGGGUUAGUGAAGAGUAGUCUUGAGCACUUGUGCAAGCCUUGCGUGCCAGGCUUGUUGCAACUGGAGUCGACAAGGGCUUCAAGAGCAAGGAGGUGUUGUCUCUGUGAGUCUACUGUUGUCGAACCACCCCACACAUUCUGGUUGAUUACUUCUGUGCUCAGUUAAUGGUGCUCACAGUCACAGGGUCCCUUUUAGUUUAUUAUGCCCUUUGUUGAAUCUGUCCCUUGAGCAAGGAAACUACUGGUGGUAAUGUUCUCAAUGGUUUUGUAUUAUUAUCUAAGGUUGUGGAGAUUUGUUGAUGGAUCGGUUUUGUUUGAACUGCUGCGCUCAAUGUAACCAUGCAUUUGCUUGUUCUCUUGCAGCCACAAUGCACACACACACACAGCUCCUCCUACUAGCUACUACUGUACUAGUGUUCCCUUCUCUCACUGCUUUUGUCUCCUCUCUCCCCCAGGUACAGACAAGCCAUGCUGCUGUGGGACUGACUGAGUGGUGGUUGUCUAGCUAGCUGUUGAAUAUUAUGUAUUAAUCAGGUAUUUUUCAGGUACUAGAUGGGCUCGCUUACUGGAGAAAGGUAAAUGUGUUUCUCUCACUGCUUAUGUCUCCUCUCUAGCACAGACAAGCUGUGGCACUGGGUACUGGGUGGCAGUAAAAAUGUCCUGUGCAUGUUUGUAGUGCUCGUUUCCAUUGAGAAAGGUAACGCCCACUUUCAUAAUAAUGGUUUCUAAAUUUAACUGUGCAGUGCCCGAGUUUGAUGUCGUUGUCACUGUGUUGGUUAGUAAUGGUAGGCCAUGCUCAACAUGUUGGAGCAUUAAUAAUUGUUCUUCUCCACAGGUCAAGACAGUUGGAACUAACGGUACGUAAAGUCCAUUGCUAAGUGCCCCAUUAUUGUGCUCUGCAGGUGUUGGAGAAGAGGGAGCUCUCUAACUCGGAUUAUUAUGUGUAGUGUCAAGAGUUCUGAUCGAUUUUUGUGCACGAUUAAUGUUGGUUGUAUAAAGUUAUCUGUGUAACAGA